AUGAAUGAAGCAAGUCGAAUCAUUCAAAGAAAUAUGAGAUGUAUUGAUAUGAAAGUGAUUGAGAGUUGUUAUGAAAUGAAGAAAGACACCACAGAAAUACGACAAAUCAUCGAUAGAAAAACAUGUGAUAUGGAUAAAAAGAAAGAAAAGGAAGAAGAAAUAACUAAAAUGUAUGAAGGAAUUAUGGAAGAUCUCAAAGAAAAUACAAGAAAGUGUAUCGAGAAAUAUGAAUUUUGUUGUAAAAUCACAGAAGGAGUUUUAUUAAGAAAGGUGUUAAGUGAUUUAAUCAAACAAAGCCAAUCGAAAUUAACAAUGUACAAAACACUUCAAAUGAUUUCAAAUGAACAACUAAACCAAACAAUACAACAACAUAACAAAGAAUUAAAAAAAGGAAUUAUUACAACAAAAGAAUGUGUUGUUUGUCAUAAAGAAAAGGAUGAAUUAAUCAAUGUAUUUGGAUGUGGUCAUAGUUAUCAUUCAACAUGUUUAAAAUCAUCAGGAAUAUGUUUAGAAUGUAAUCAUCAUAUGAAAUAA